GGGGAGGGACCAACAGCCCAGCAGGCUAGUUUGUGACAAUGAAUGUUCUCUUUCAAUGAAAGAAAUGCUGACCAAGUUCUAGCCACAGUAGGUUUUUGGUAUACCGGUGUGUUUGAGGGAAGGUGUGACGAACCUGGGAAAAUAACUAGUUUCCAGCAAUGCGAUUGACUGUGUGCGAACCCACCGCCAUGUCUGAAGCAGAGAUGAUGGAGCCUCCCAAAGCAAGCGGCAUCCUGGAGUCAUCCUGUCGCGCAGGGGACAGCCCAGCCUCCCUGGAUGACGGCAUUGUGGAUACAGCAAAUGAGUCUUCAGAGGAAGAGUCUACAGGGGAAAGGGAAGAGGAGACCGGGGCCCAUAAGGAAGUCACUAGCACCACCAAGGCUACAGAGGAGUCAGCUGAACCGACCUCAAACACACCAACAGUGAGCACCCAGCGCCCGAGCUCCCUGUCGGUUCCAGCAGCAGCAGAGCCUGGCCUGUGGAUGUCACAGAACGAUGCAGAAGUGAAGCUAAGGAUGGAGGAUUCUGGACUAGCUGCUGAGCCCCCCCUGACUGUCAACCAGAUGUUCACCUCGGCCGUGGAGCGCUUUGGCAACUGCACAGCUUUGGGAUGGAAGGAGGGCGAACAGCAGAAGACCCUGAACUACAGAGAGUACUACCAGGCCUGUCGCACUGCUGCCAAGAGCUUCCUUAAGCUCGGUUUGCAGCGCUACCACAGUGUCGGCAUUCUGGGGUUCAACUCCACUGAGUGGUUCAUCGCUGACAUUGGCGCCAUUUUGGCAGGUGGGUUUGCUGUGGGCAUCUACACCACCAACUCUCCUGAGGCAUGCCAGUAUGUAGCAGAAAACUGCAAGGCCAAUAUCAUUGUGGUGGAGAACCACAAACAGCUGCAGAAAAUCCUUCAGGUUGAAGACAAGCUUCCACACUUGAGAGCCAUUAUCCAAUAUAAAGAUGCACUAAAAGAGAAGAGACCAAAUCUAUACACUUGGGCAGAGUUCAUGGAGCUUGGCCGUGAUGAGCCUGAUGCUCCUCUUGAUGCCAUCAUCGCCACCCAGAAACCAAACCAAUGCUGCACACUCAUCUACACCUCAGGAACCACAGGCCAGCCCAAAGGAGUCAUGCUGAGCCAUGACAACCUAACGUGGACCGCACUCUCUAUCAGCCACCACGUGCACCUGACAACCGGCGCUGAGUCGGUGGUCAGCUACUUGCCCCUCAGCCACAUCGCAGCUCAGAUGGUUGACAUCUGGGUUACCAUGAGAGUCGGAGGGGCAACCUACUUCGCUCAGCCAGAUGCCCUCAAGGGAUCUCUGGUAAACACAUUGAUAGAGGUGCGGCCCACAGCCUUCAUGGGCGUCCCACGUGUCUGGGAGAAAAUGCAGGAGAAGAUGAAAUCUGCAGGAGCAAAGUCUUCGACUGUGCGCAGGAAAGUGGCGUGCUGGGCCAAAGAUGUCGGUCUGCAGACUAACCUGACCAAGAUGAACCAAAACGGAGUAUGUGGCCGCACACCGCUCAGCUAUCGCAUAGCCAAGAAGCUUGUAUUCACAAAGGUGCGCAAGGCCCUGGGCUUGGACCGCUGCAACAAGUGCUACACUGGUGCUGCUCCCAUCACCAGAGACACCCUGGAGUUCUUCCUAAGUCUGGAUAUUCCUCUGUAUGAGCUGUACGGCAUGAGCGAGAGCAGCGGCCCUCACACCAUCUCUCGUAAUGAUGCCUUCAAGCUCACCAGUUGUGGUAAAGAGCUUCCAGGCUGCAAGACCAAGCUGCACAACCCAGACAAUGAGGGAAACGGUGAGAUCUGUUUCUGGGGUCGCCACGUCUUCAUGGGUUACCUCAACAUGCCUGAAAAGACAGAGGAGGCUAUCGAUGCAGAAGGCUGGCUGCACUCAGGUGACCUGGGUAAACAUGACCAAAACGGACUCCUCUACAUCACCGGGCGAAUUAAAGAGCUGAUUAUCACAGCAGGAGGAGAGAAUAUCCCUCCGGUUCCUAUCGAGGAUGCAGUGAAAGAGGCUGUGCCACUGAUUAGCAAUGCCAUGCUGAUCGGGGACAAGAGGAAGUUUCUGUCUAUGCUGCUCACCAUUAAGUGCCAGGUAAAUGCUGAUUCAGGAGAUCCAGAGGAUGAGCUAACACCAGAAGCCGUGGAGUUUUGCAGGAAGCUGGGCAGCAACGCCACACGCGUCUCUGAGAUCACAGGAGGCCGAGACCGGGCAGUCCACGCUGCCAUCCAGGAGGGAAUCAACCGAGUCAACGAGAAGGCGACCUCCAAUGCUCAGCGCAUACAGAAGUGGGUCGUUUUGCAGCGGGACUUCUCCGUCAGUGAAGGACAGCUGGGUCCUACCAUGAAGCUGAAGCGUCCGGUGGUGCUGAAGAUGUACAAGGAGCAGAUUGACAACUUUUAUAAGGAGCUGGUGACUCCGACAACUCCUGACAACCCGCCACCUCCCAAAUAGAUCUGCUCCUCCGCCUGCAGGGAGACCCAGACCGUCUGUUAACAUGCAGAUACACUCCACCUCAUUCCAACAACCUCCCCCUAUCACCAUUACUUCUUUUGUACAGAUGUUUCUAUUGCCUCACAUUGAUGUUGUUCAGCCUUGUUUACAUUUUUGGGUGUUGUACAAAGAAUCAAGCAGAAGCCAUUGUUUUUGUUUGUUUGUUUGUUUUUUUCAAAAGCUUUGAUUUUGCAUAUUCAGUAGCUGAGUUCAACUAUUUAUUUGCAUCACUGGAAGGAGUACUAAUACCUGAUGAAGUAGCUAAGCAGCAGCUAAGCAUAAGAAGACUGUACUGUAGCCUAAUACUUGAGAUGAAGAGAGAAGCAAGAAAAAUACAAGAUGUUUCGGAGUAGUAGUUUUGAAAACGUUUAUUUAUUUUCGGUUUGUCAAAGUUGGCAUGGGCCAAAUGAGCUUCAGCAAUCAUAUCUGCUGCCCUUUCUUCUUUUGUCUUUGUCAGCCAGGACUUAAACAAAAUUUUUGUUGUAUGUGAUUUGUGCAGAGGUUGAUGCAUUUGUAAACAGGCACUGAAAUCUCUCAUGACUAAAACAAGCAGAAUGUUUUUCAUGUUGUAAAAAGAUGUCACUAAGCCAAAGUUAGUUUUUUUUUAAGCUGUAAGGUCAGAGUGACAUUGUGUGCAUGCUGACUCACAAACAUGCUUGUUUUCUGACACUCCAUCUGUGUAGAUCUGCUGUGAUUGUGUGGAAUAUUGUAAUUAUCUUUCCCCUACAUCAAACACAUCUUCUCACUCUAUUUUAUUUUUCAGCCCAGAAAUUUCAUGCAGCUUAUUUCCCUUCACCCACAUGUAGAUGAAGUGUAAUUGAAAUGGGAUAAAUGUACAUAAUUUUAGAUUACAGUUUAUGGAAAGGGGCAAAUAUAGCAGCUGCCUUAAAUUGUCCUUAUUGGCUUGUUGUCAUGCCUUAUGUAUCAAUAUACAAAUGUCCAACUGCUUGAUGUUUUAGACACCUUGAAAAAAAGAGGUUAUUGCACUCCAAAAAGCUGAUUAAUAUAUAUAUAUAUAUAUAUAUAAUAACUGUAUAUAAGCAUACUGUACUCCAGUUAUGAAGGUCAGUUUGUACUCAAGGAAGUUCAGGGUAAUCAAAACAGGUCAGUGUCGUCAAUUGUGUGUAAAGUUAAAUAACAACAGUGGCUCAGUUUGUCUGGGUGAGCCAGUUUUCUACAGCUACUCACAUUUAAUGCAAGCUGAUAAAUGGUCAUUCAACAUACAGUAAAAAUGAGAACUUGAAACAGUUUAAACCUGCAACAUAAAGGUUUGGCAUCUAAAAAGUACCAAAGGACUUAAACUUUAAUGUUAUUUAAUGGUUUAAUUACAGUACUUUCUAUUUAAUAAGACUUGUGCUGAUUAAAUGUUAUUCUGCAAAGGCUUCAAACAGUUUCAGUGAUCGAUCACAAGACAGAAAACUGGACCUGACCCAAAAGACUGUUUCUUGUUAAUAUCAGGGAAACAAUACAUGUGCUGCGCUGCACUGCUGGAGAAAAGUGAAGCAGGCCUGUUUCAGUCUGCAGAAAUGUGAAUGUUUGUGCGACUCAUAAAGGAAUAAAAGCUGAUUAUGCUGA